AAAAAAUAUACAGACAUGGGUGUAAAGUUGCGGACCAGAUUUUUAAAUUUAGUUGUAAAGAGAAAGUUUUUGGCCACAUGCAGAGAAGUGUUAAGUGAAGAAGAGAAGUGUGAGAAUACAGAAGAGAACUAUUUCGAUCAUAGGCGAGAAAGUGUUUUUAAAAUGAAAGAGUGAAGAAUUGAAAAAGUGAACCAUAGGGGCCAUCGUAUUUAAUGAGCAACAAGUGCUUAUAUUCAGCAUUUUAAUAUAAAAAAUUAUAUGUAUAUAAAAAUAAAUUUGGGAAAAUAUAGAAAGAAAAUUAUCUCAUCCUCGGUAACAACACUUUAAUUUUAAAUCGAUAUUUGAGCCGAAAAACAAAAGAUAUACUACGAUUCCAGCUUAAACGUUACGUGUAGGAAAACAUUGAAUAAAAGCAACGAUAUAUAUUUAAAUAAAAGUUUACCGUUAAAAAUGGCGGAGAUUGGUAUUAAAAUAAAACCACUCACUACACCAGAAAUAGUAAAGGUUUCAAACUUGAAUGAAUAUACUUUAUGUAUAUUUGACAUAGAAACAACAACUUUGUUUACCUUUUGUGAAAUUAUCCAAAUUUCAGCAAUUCGCUAUGACAGAAUCGAAUCACCACUCGAUGUGUACAUUCUUCCUAAUGGCAAAAUACCUCACAAUCAUGUAACUGGAAUAUCAAAACAAAGAGAAAAUCUUUACGACCAAAACUUAGAAAGAAUUCCUUCAGUAAGGGCACGAGAAGGAUUGGAAAGGUUUUUAAGAUGGAUGGAGUCUUUCGAAAAGAAAGUUGUACUUAUUGCUCACAACGCUAAACAAUUCGAUGUCAAACAUCUUUUGCGUACCAUGGAAAAACAUUCUAAACUGGAAAACUUUGAAAGAGUAGUCGCUGGAUUUGUAGAUACCUUACCUUUAUUUAACCCUAUUCGGUCCGGGGGGUGGCGGAUUCCGCCCCCCUGACGGUCUUUUUUUUAAUAACUCCUGAUUGCUUUCUUAUAUGGCUAUGAUACUUACUGAGUUUCAACAUUUAUCUAUUAGACACCUGCAUGCUAAAUUUUUAGCAUCGAAACUACCCCUAAAAUCUCUAUGAAAUCCUUAUAAUGGGGAAAAUAUAAUAACUCCUGUUAGGAUUAUCCUUACAACUUGAAACUUGCAACACAACUUUCAUCAAGUUUCAUCAAGAAGAAUCAUUUUGAAUAAUUUUGACACGUGACUAAUCCGAUUUCCCGAUUUUGUCGGAUUUUACCCGAAAAUCGGAAAAAACGGAUUUUCGGGCAAUUUUUGGCAAUUUUUCAUCCGAUCCAUGUAAAAACCGGAAGAUAUGUUAAAAAAAAUUUAUUUAGCUUUCAGAAACUUCAAACAGAAUGUAAAAAUUCGCUCUAGAACAAAAGUAAUUAUAUUUAAGUAGAUAGUUGCAUUUUUAACAAUUUUCAAGCUUCUGAUGACGUCACAGAAAAUGUGCUGACGCAAGCAAAAAAUUUUUGCCGUCAUUUUGUUCCUUUUAUGACGUACUAUAAGUGUGCCAAGUUUGAUUCAAUUUGAACAAUCCUAUGAAAAGUUAUUGAGGAGGGGCGGAAUCCGCCCCCACCCCGGUCAUAGUAUGUUUGAAAAACCCCGGACCAAAUAGGGUUAAAGCCCGUUCAGAAAAAAGUUGCAAAUUGGGAAACCUUUACGAGGAAUACGUUGGAGGUAGUUUUGACUGGCACAAUGCCGCGAAUGACUGCAAAGCCUUAAAGAAGAUUCUUCGAUGUGCAUUUGUCGACAAUGGCGAGUUAGAGGCCCACAGUCUUAUUUUUAAAUAUGCAAGGGAAUAUUACAUGUAUUUAUCAAAUAAAAGAUCGAUUGAAAGCACGUAUGCAGAGUGUUUAAAAGUAGGUGCAAUUACAAGUAAUAUGCAAGGAAAGCUAGUGUUGGCUGGUAUUAGGUAUGAAGACACGGUUGCUAUAUACCAAAAAGAAGGAGAAGAAGGAUUAAAGAAGUUGUUAACAGGGUGUCGAAAACAUUCAGUGUGUUACUAAGAAUAAAAAAGUUCUUGAAAAAUUGGUUGAACACUUGUCAAAAUUGGAAUGAAAGACAUUUAUAUGUAACGAUGAAUUGUUAAAAGAAGGAUCAUGUUACGACCAGUACAGCUUAAGAUGGCGGUAGCCCCUUUUUUGCAAAGUUAUACUGAACAUGACGAUUCCAUAACAUUUUUAUUUUAAUAAUUAUCAUUAUUUGUCUGGUAACAUUAAUUAAAAGUUACCGCAAGAAAACCGGCAUGCUAGAAAAUAUCCAUGUUUUUAUUUUGAGAAAUCCUGGUAUUUUUGUGUGUCUGUAGUAUAAUUUUAUUAGUAUCAGUUUUUUAGAAAAGUGUGUUUCAAACAAAAAAAUUCCCACUUAAGAUGGCAGUAAACCAUUGUUAGCCGUUUAAACAGAUGGAUUUUUUAGUCAGUGUAUUAUCAAUACGAACUUUUUUUAUUAUUUUAUGAAAAUAUUGACCUUCAGGCACAUAGAAACAGUUUGUUUAAUUUUUUAAUUUGCUGAGUCAACAGAUAUACUCAUUUAUAAAUAUGAAAUAAAGAACAAAAUAAGCAGCUUUCACGAGCUCAACUUUUUACAAACUCAUGAUUUUAUAUUGACUUCUG